UUUUUUCAUUACUCUCCAACGACUGAUUUUUCAAUAGAAUUGAAGAAUCUUUCUAGUCAAAUUUAACUCUAGAUUAAAUUUUCAAGAACUAUAUCAUACUCAGUCCCUUGUAUAAAUAACCAAUGUUAUCAUAGUUUUGGAGGAAAUCGCAACACUUAUUGCUUGAGCUUUCACAAAAUCCAUGGCAAUUCCAUUUUUAGUGCUUGCUCUGCCUUUAAUUCUAUCCUCUCCAUUCCUGUCUUCAGCUUCUGAUACUCUAAGCAAAGGCUCAUCUUUAUCAGUGGAGAACGCAAAUGAUGUUUUGAUCUCACCAAGUGGCACUUUCACUGCCGGAUUCUUCCCCGUUGGCAAAAACGCUUACUGCUUUGCCAUAUGGUUCAAUGAACCCUUCUGCAACAAUAAUUGCACCGUAGUUUGGAUGGCAAACCGUGACCAUCCAGUUAAUGGGAAACGUUCAGAGCUCUCUUUGCUAAAAUCUGGUAAUCUUAUAUUAACUGAUGCUGAUCCAGUCACAGUUUGGGCUACGGACACUGUUUCAGAAACUUCAGUGCAUUUACAUCUUCAGGACAGUGGCAAUCUUGCACUGCAGAACUUAGAAGGUGAGGUUCUUUGGCAAAGCUUCGAUUUUCCCGCGGAUACUCUGCUUCCUCUGCAGCUACUUGCCAAAGAUAAGCAGCUUGUGUCCUCAAGAAGUCAAAGCAACUAUAGUUCAGGAUUCUUUAAGCUUUACUUCGAUAACGAUAAUGUUCUCCGUCUCCUUUAUGAUGGCCCUGAUACUUCAAGCAUUUAUUGGCCGGAUCCUGAGCUUUUGAGCUGGGAAGCUGGUAGAUCUACUUACAACAACAGUAGAACUGCAAGUUUCGAUUCUUUGGGGAAUUUCAGUUCAUCUGAUAAUUUCAGUUUUAUGUCAGCAGAUUAUGGGAUGACAAUCCAGAGAAGGCUGACCAUUGAUUUCGAUGGUAAUCUUCGAUUGUACAGUCGAGAAGAUAGGAAAGACAAAUGGACGGUUUCAUGGCAAGCCAUGUCUGAACCGUGCAAGAUUCACGGAAGUUGUGGACCUAACAGUAUCUGCAACUAUGUUCCUAGCUCUGGCAGGAAAUGUUCCUGCCUUCAAGGAUUCAAGAUGAAAGAUGUAACUGACUGGUCUUUGGGUUGUGAACCAGAAUUCAAUCUUUCUUGUUCAACAAGUGAGACAACUUAUCUUCGACUAACUCAUGUUGAGUUUUACGGGUAUGACUUUGCCUUCUUUCCAAAUUACACAUUAGAUAUGUGUGAAAAUCUAUGCUCUCAAAGAUGUGAUUGCAAAGGGUUCCAAUUCAAAUUCAUCAAGCACGAUUAUCCUAGUAACGUUCCUUAUUGUUUCGCAAAGACACUGUUACUAAACGGGCGUCUUUCACCGAAUUUUGAAGGAGAUCUUUACUUAAAAGUGCCGAAAACAAGUCCCUUCUUCCAUCAGCCUGUAGAAGAAUUAAGACUAAUUUGCUCUGGAGAAGUUGCAAAGCAGCUUGGCAGAGUAUAUGCAAAACACCAUGAAAAUGGAUCCCUAAAGCUUGUCCUUUGGUUUGCUUUGAUCAUUGGAGCAAUUGAGUACUUUUGUAUUUUCUUGGUAUGGUGUUGCUUGAUCAGAACGCACCAGGACAUGGGUGCAGUUAAGCCAGGUUACCUUCAAAUUGCAACAGGCUUUAGAAAAUUCACCUAUGCCGAGCUGAAAAAGGCAACUAGGGGUUUCAGGGAAGAAAUUGGAAGAGGAGCUGGAGGAAUUGUCUACAAAGGUAUACUUUGUGAUCAUAGAGUUGCAGCAAUAAAGAGAUUGAUCAACGAAGCUAACCAAGGAGAAGAAGAAUUCCAGGCGGAAGUUAAUGUCAUUGGGAAGCUUAAUCACAUGAACUUAAUAGAAAUGUGGGGAUAUUGUGCAGAGGGAAAGCAGAGGCUUCUGGUUUACAAGUACAUGGAGCAUGGAUCAUUGGCAGAAAAUCUCUCUUCUAAUGCCCUUGAUUGGGAAAAGAGGUUUAGCAUUGCCUUGGGUACAGCCAAAGCUCUUGCUUAUUUACAUGAAGAGUGCUUAGAGUGGGUUCUACACUGUGAUGUGAAGCCUCAAAACAUACUCCUAGACUAUGAUUACCAGCCAAAGGUGUCAGAUUUUGGCCUAUCUCAUCCACUGAAAAGAGAUAGCCAUGAAAUUUCAAGGCUUUCAAGGAUAAGAGGGACUAGAGGUUACAUCGCUCCAGAGUGGGUUUUGAAUCUGCCAAUCACAUCCAAAAUAGAUGUUUAUAGCUAUGGAAUGGUCUUAUUGGAGAUAGUAACUGGAAAGAGCCCAAUAGCAGAUAUAGAGGACAGAAGGCUGGUUUCAUGGAUGCAAGAAAAGAUUAAAGAAGCUAAUGAUAUAGAUUUGAUGAUGGAAAAGAUUGUAGACCCUAAAUUAGCAGGAAAAUAUGACAAGACCCAGAUGAAAAUUCUUGUUAGGGUGGCCCUAACAUGUGUACAUGAAGACAAAGAUGCAAGACCCACCAUGAGAAAAGUUGUUGAGAUGCUUCUGCAAUCUACCAUUCAACAGUGACUGUCUGCAUUUUCUAUUUCUAUGUUCACAGAUUAUGUAAGCAUGUUUCUAGAGCUAGAUUGUAUUUACAUUAGAGAUUUAUAGCGAGCAUAUUGGUAUAUAAUAAUAAAUAGUUAGUCACUAAAGUGGCAUAUUAAGGUUAUGCUAAUACUUGAAAGCUUAAGGAGGGAAAUAUUUUAGCCCUUGGGGGUGCAGUAGUACAAAUAGAUGAAAGAAACUAAUAACUUGACUCAAUAGCAUUGAAAUUGUUUCCAGAGACGUGAGUUCAAACUUCAGUUAGAGCUCAAUUAACAGAAGAAAAUAAAUUGAAAGGAGGUAGAACAUUUUCUUGUGCUCUCUAUAUAAAUAUUGUUUUAUACAAGGAAAAUACCAAUCCUUUUAAAUUGAGGAAA